UGUCUGUUGCUACAUGUAAACAAGAUGGCGGAGAAUAACAUAUUUUGAUUUUCGUUAUUUGAACACAUUUUAUAGUCAGAAGCAUGGAAGAAAGAGACUUAGAGUUUAGAUCUGUUUAAAAAAUAUUAGAACGAUUUUAGACUUUAAAGAGCUACGUAGACUUACUAGAUAUAUCAACGCUUAGAUCUACUUCAAACAUGUUUGCAAUUUUCAAUUAUUUUGUUUUUUGAAUUCUGCACUCUGCAGGAACACAGGAUAUUGAAAAUAAAAUGUCCGACCCUUCUCCAUCACAAAUAGCAACUGACGAGGACAGUGAUAACAACGACUUGAACUCAGACAUUGAGUCAGUAGAAAUAAAUUCUAGUGAUAUUGAAAGUCAAAACCUACCCGAUUUCAGCUUAGAUAUAGAAAAGUCACUCACCAAUGAAGCUCAAAACCAACAUAUUUCUAUCCUACAACAAGAAGAGUUUUAUACUGAUGAAGGUCCGCCAAUAGAGGAUGAGGUGGCAGAGAAAGCUCUGCAAGAAAUCCCAGAUGCAUCAAGUCAGGAAGAUAAUGUUUUCAGUGAGAUCAAAGAGUUUAUCCUUACAAGGCAGUCUGCCUCAAGGUCAGAAAGCUCUGCCACAGAUUCUGACUGUUUUCCUCAUGCCAAAACUUCUAGUCAGUUUUCUUCAAUUCCUUUUGGGAUAAUACCUAAAGCAAGUUAUGAACAUGAAAAUAUGUGCUCAGACAUAAUGGGGGUGACAUAUAAUGAAAGGAUGAGGCAGUUUAUUAUUUUAGAUGGUAAAGGAAUGACAACUUGGAAAAGAGAUGCAGUGGACAGACGAGUAAACAGAGUGCUCCAGUAUCCAAAAUAUGAAUAUCGAUUGAUCAUACAUUUAGUCUAUGCUAAGAAGUAUAACUGCUUCUUUGGACUAGGUAGAGAUUUCUCUAUAAAGGUAUUCAACCGAGAUUUUAUGGAGACAUGCUCUGUUAAUGCUGAUCUUAGGUCUGUGAUUUUCAUGAUUUUUAAUCCUUUGAGAGAUGAGCUUAUCACUGGAGGAGUUGGGGGAACAAAGGUGUGGCAGUUUCAUCAACAGCCUGGUAAAGCCUUUGGGUCAUUAAGACCUUUAGCAAAUUAUGGUCUGUCUGUUAAGUAUGAGUUACCUCAUGUUGGUGGUGGGUGGGUGAAGAGGGUGGAGCUUGAUUACCACUUGGAACACUUGUAUUGCUGCAGUGAUACCAGUCUUCACGUCUACGACCUCCAAGGGAAAGAACUUUUAAAAUAUGAAAGGGCUCACUCAAUGACCAUAACAGGAUGCAGGUUCUCUAAGAAUGCUAAUUUCCUAGUGACAUCAUCAGUUGAUACUGAAGUCAAAGUCUGGAGUCUGGUUGGUGGCCUGGUGCAUACAUUUAGGGGACACUCUAGAGCUGUAACAAACCUCAUUCUGCAUCCUUUAACCUCCAGCAUCAUCAUCACAAGUUCUCUGGAUGGAAGCAUCAGGAUGUGGUCCUUGGAUACAAUGGAAUGCUUAUAUAGUCUAGUUGUGUCAGUGGAAGGAGUGCUAUGGAUGGGACAAACUGAUGACAAUCUACUCUAUCUUUGCACUCCAAGAACACUCACCCUGUGGAACAUUAACUACUACACCCAGUUCUGGGCCCUUGCAAGGAGUCCUGUCACGCACAUGUCACUGCAUGGUUCAAAGAACAAAUCCACAAGACUUUUGGUUGUUUCUGAAGAUAGCAGUGUCCGCCUUAUGGCUCGUAGCAGCAAGAAAAACCUGAGUACAGUUCUUCCCCCACCCUGUAUAUCCCCACUGGAGAAAGUGUUGAGUGUGAGCUACAGCAGGGACCAGAACACAAUGUAUCUGCUGGUUGACUCACGAGAGAUCUGGGUUUACACUACCAGAACUGAUCCAUCCUGUCGAAUUGCCACAUGGGAAGUGUCAGAGUUACAAACUAAAAUUAAAAAAAGCCAAUUGAGACCAGAAUCUGUAGACAAUGUUGCCCCUGUUCGCUUUACUUUCAACAGACAGCCAAUUCCUCACAGGGCAACAGAGAGUGGUUAUGGUGGAAGCCAACCUAUUAGCAGCUGCUGUUGCCUUGCAGUUUUAAAUUCCACUGCACUGUUUUGGACUGCACAAGGAAGUCAGUGUACUGAUCAGGACUCAUUUCUGCUUCUUGGACUUGAGGAUGGCAGAAUAUUGUUUAUGGAUUUGGUUGUCAAGGGUCAAAAAUAUAUGGAACUCAAAACAGGCAAAGAUCCUGUGCUAGAAAUAAGGCAUGAUUUGGCUCACAACAGUCUCACCACUUUAUACAAGGUCAAAGGCAUGAUGCUUAUUCAUGUUUGGAGUCUUCCUAACCUUGAGUUGAUGCAUGAAGUUUACACAGCACCAGAUCUUACAUCAUAUGCAAGAUUGAAUGAUUAUAUUAUGACAGGAUACACAAGUGGUUGUGUGAUAUUUACACAUCUAGAAAAAGCAGUUGAUGUUGGACUGCACAAAGCUAGAAUGCUGCCCCCUGUGGAAGAAAUUCUUGAAGUUCAUCACAAACCAGAACACAACUCUUCUGUCAUAGCAGUUGAUGUUUGUGUUGCACUGAAGCUCUUCUGUUCUUGCAGCAAUGAUGGCACCAUAAAAAUAUGGACUGAAGAUCAAGCAAUUCUUACAGAAAUAAUGAUGGACACCACUCUUUCCUGCAUCUGUUUUUUAAACAAUAUGGCUGACCUGGUUGUUGGCUUUCAGAAACAUAUUUUUUUCAUAGACCAUACAAAAGUUUGUCCUAAUGUAAUUCUACCAGACUCUGAUGUAGACUCAUGUGACAAAGAAUCUGUUAUCUAUGAAGACCCUUCUGUCAUGUUUGAAGGCAUCAUUCCAUAUCCUGACCCCAUGACUCUAGACAGCUAUUUGGUUCCAUUUGAUAUUGAAUUUUCCAAUGAUUUCCUUGAAGGCAAGAUGCAGAAUCAGCCAGAACCUGAAGUACAGGAAAUUUCUGAAUCAGAGUCUCGGGCAUCCAUGGCCCCAACAGAAAUCUACUUUUCUCCUGAGGGAACCCCCCGCAGACGUCUUUCUUUAAUUGACUUGACUGUGAACUCAGACAUCUCUAAAGAAGAACUGUUCAACUACAUGGAGAAAACAAUGGAGCAUUUAGCGGAAAAAGAGAAGAAAGACAAGAGACAAAUGCUUUUUGAGCACAAACGUGAAACAGAGAGUAAAACUUCUGCUCUGAGAAGAAAGUUACAACUUAGGCAGAAAAGAAUGAAUAAGACUACUCAAGAGAAUGCAUUGGAAACAGGGGACAUUAUCAGUUUAAAAAGAGAACAGACUGAGUUAAGGUUCUCGUUUCCAAAGUUUGGAAAGUCUCCAGGACCAACACCAGAGCCAUCUCAGCCUCCUACGCCGGAUUUACUGGACCUUGAGGACAUGAGUGCUCAAGAUGAUGUUACUGUAAAGGACUCAUCCAUGCAGGAGACAUUUAAACUUGAUGAUAAACAAACAGUUGAAGAAGAUGAAAUUAGCAAAUUUUUACGAGCCCGAAAAGAGUCUAAACCUGUUCAAGCACCUAAAGCUGAGUCUGUUGCCCCAAGAAAGAAGUUUGGCCUGAGUGGUAUCAGUAUUGAUGCAGAAACAUUGAUGAAGGACACCAAAACACCUGUUAAAGCCAAGGUCAUGACCAAUUUACCUGGAAGAACACCUGAACCAGUUCAGAUAAAAAAAGUUGAACCUGAACCCACAACAGUAGAGAAAAAAACAAAGAAGGAAAAAAUGAAACAGAAAAGGUUUGUUGAACACAAAAGACAGAAACAGAGGCAGCAGAAGGAGAAAGACAUGGAUGCAACAGAGGCGCCAACUCAGAUGCAGGCUUUGGAGUUAAAAGAAUUGCAGCUAAAUGCUUCUGGAGAAACCAGCCUUGAGGUUACAGAUGUUAGUCCAACAGUUGAGCCCUUGGAGAGAGAAGAAUCAACACCUGAGUCAGAAGAUGAAGAACCAAACUUUGGUCAUGACCAGUUUGUUGCCCCUAGUGGCCAAUCUUCAGAGUUCUCUGUUCAUCUUACAGUGCCUGAGUUACCAACCCUUCCACUUGAGCAGAAACCUGUUGUAGUUCCUAAGCUUUCAACCACAGAGGCAAAGGCAGCUUUGAUGCAAAAGUUGAAUAAAAAGACCACUAUGGAUUUCUCUGGGAUCAACAAAGUUCCAAAAGAAAGUGGGAAUGAUGCAGAUCAGAAUUACAAGCAGGAUUCAGUAGGAGCUUCCCAGCAAGUACAGAGAAACAAUACAGAGCCAUUGGAGAAAAAGGCUGAUGAUGCUGUGAUAGAAACCAGAUCUUUUGAUAAUGUUGAACUUAAAGAAAGUAUCUUGAAAGAGAAGGUUUCUUCUGUCAAACAAAUGGAAACCAAGGAACCACAACCAACAGCUGUUAAACAAACUGAACCAGUAGUAAAACCUGAACCUAGAAACAUCCGACAAGAAACUGUAAUCAGAGCUGUUGAAAGCCCUGACCUGUACGAUACUCAGAAUCAGUCAUUUGUCAGCUUUCCAUUUAUUGAUUUGUCAUUGACACCAGAACCAGAAUUGGACCCUUCUCAGAAGGAGAAAUUUCAACCAAGAUAUCUUUCUACACCUGGAUUGGACUUUUUUAUUGACCAAUCUGAAAGCUGGGACCAGAGGAAACAAGUAUCAGGAAUUGCAGAAGAAGACUUGGCGUCUGUAGAAUAUCUAGAGCCUGGGACACAGAAUAAAUUCAAUGUCCAGAUUCAUUUAAAUGACCAGGAGAUGAUUGAUCUAAGAAUGAAAUCAGCAGGCCAGAUGCAUGGUGAGAACUUGCUGACAGAUUCAGAGAUGUAUGAGCUCUGGGCCAGACCAAAGACUUCUGUGGAGAAAACCAAGUCUGGAAAAGCAAAUAUACUUGGUGCUGAAGUGCCUGAGCUUCAAGGUCAUCCCAAAUUAGCCAUGUCAGAUUUUCAAACAGAGCUUGAGCUUAUUUCUGAGCUGCCAAGGUCACAAAAGCAUUUGCAGGCAGCUUUUGAGGCUGCUAUGAAAAAAUAUCAGCGAAUGGCCAGGGCUGGUCUAGUAAGUGAAAAACUGUAUAAAAAUGAUGAUCAGGACUUUGCAGACAACUGGCAUGAAAGGCAAAUUGAAAGACACAUGCUGUUGAGAAUGCAGAAGGAGCUGAGGAUAUUAAAUGUGCACAAGAAGAGACAACUCUUGGAGCAAAUUAAAAUGGAGCGAACAAAGCAACAUAUUCUGAUUGAUCACAUGACUGGCAAGAGGAUGUACUACUCCCAUACUGCACCAGCUAUACGUCAGAGACUCCACACCACAGAAGAGAGCAGACAUGCUAUCACAAUACCAGUGCCUUCUCCAGCCACCUCCCGACCCCACACAGCCUCUCCUUAUUAUGAGGAUCACAUGGUGGCAUCCCCCAAGUUGCUUGAGCAGGCUGACAUCCCACCACCAACACCUUCACUACAGCAACAGAUUCAGCAGGCGCUGGAUUACAGGAGCAGGCAGCAAGAGCUAGAACUUAACCAAAGAGAAAAAACAGAACUUGGUCAUAAGCAGCCUUUCAGGUAUAGGCUGAGUGAUUCAAGAGAAUCAAAGAAACAUUUUAGAACUAGUCAGGAAAUGCCGUUAGAUUUCAAUCCAUGGCAAAUUGACCCACGUAACCCUAAAGCUUUAAGGCCAAAAUCAAGCAAAUCUAUUCCUAGUAAAUGCAAGUACUUUGCACUGCUCACUAAGCCAAAGAUAGAACUUAAUUAUCCAAUACCUUCUCCUUUGGAGGAGCAACUUUUGGCUGAACGUUUCCCUGAGCAGGGAGAGAAAGUUUUCAAGGUUUAUGAAGGAUAUUUAACCAGGUCACCUCGUCGAGCGAUGCUUGGAAUCAGCUACAGCCCUUAUGAGCACCAGCUUUAUGGCUAGAAACUGUUCCAGUUAACUAGUCCUUUAUUAUUUAUGGUUAGUUAGUCAAUUAUUUUCUUAGUUGUUCUUGUGCUAGAACAUUUUUUUAAAAAUAUUUCUUUAAGUUACCUCCCAUGGGAAGUACAACUAGUUAACUUAUACUUAGAUUAAUUGUCAUAAAAAACCUAGGUUGUUAAUAUAAAAUUUUGCAACAUAUUGAACAUUUGUCUUUUCACUAUAUUUCCAUUAGUUCCUUGUACAAUUUACUCUAUUUCAAUGAAAAAUAAUUUGUAAUUAGCUGUCACUCAGUGAUGGUAUUAAAACAUUUCGUUUUUUGGAUUACAGCUAUGUCUGUACGUUUCACUAACAGAACUUUAAAAACUUACAUUUUGUAGCUAAGAUUGUUGAAGGACUUGACUCUACAAAAUAUAUUCAUUUAUUGAUUUACUACACUGCUGACAAGUUUUGAAACUUAGAUUUGAAACAAAAAAAGAUUAUGUACAAUUUUGUAUCACUGUUGUUCUUUUAGUCUUACUGUAACCUCAGCAUUUUUUCAGUAUUUAAAAUUUAUUUGUGUUCCCAAAACUAUGUUCUGCCUGUCUUUCUACACCAUCAGAUGCACACUAGCUGUUGUAAAUGUUGCUAUCUUUUAUGUAAUUAUCUAAUUAUGUAAGUAUCUUAUUGUUGUUCACAGUGCUAUCUAUAGCACUGCUUUUUUUUGUCUCAUUGUCUAGACUUGCAUGACCUAUUUUUUUUUUCUGAAGUAAUUGUUCUUUAUAUAUAUGUUGUAUAUUUUUAAAAUGUGUUGGCUGCUAUGUACCUUUUUUAACUCUUUCAGUGUGGCGUUACUCUCAGGGAGUAACUUUGCUAGCACUGGUGAGAGCAGCGUUACUCUUAGGGAUUAACUUGGUAUAUAAUAUUUGUUUCACUAUCUUUAGAACUGUUUAUUUCUUUUUUUUUUAUUUUUUGGAUGUGAGUGUGAUUGUUCUUUGAUUUGGUUGUAAAUUGGAUGCGGACCAAGACAUUAAAAAAAAAAUGACAUCAUUGUGUAAAUGGUUAUGCUAUUUUCACUUCAUAUCAUGGGACCCAAAAGAUUUUAAAUAAUACAAUUUCUUAAUGCAUUUUUUUCAUCUUUUAAAAAAUUUGAAGUGACAAAAUGUGUUUAAGGUUUGUGAUUUUUCAAUAUUUAUGGAUUAAUUAUAAGGUUAUAUCCAAUUUUAAAUACAUUUUUUAUAUAUUCCUUUUUCUGUUCUCAGUUUAAACUUGUUUAUGGAAAUAUUUUCUUCAGUAAUUUAUUUUAUUUAUUUCACUUUUCUAGCAUAUUCAUUUUCCUUUAAAAUAAAAUAAAAUAAGUUAUAUAAAAAAUAAAACUCUUACCCUUUGCAAAUUUGUGUUCAUUCCAGAAAACCCCUUUUUUUAUCAAAACAAUAGGCACUGAAAGAGUUAAAAAAAGAAUAAUAUUAAAACAAUGAAAACAAAUUGUAAUGUGCCACCUGUUUGGUUAAUUUGAUACUUUGGCUUUUGUGAUGAAUUUUUAUGUAAUUGAUGCAAGGCAGUAAAUUGUGCUAAAGGACCAGCAAAUGUCUCAUGGUAAUGUAUAUAGUGUAUAUGUCAUUUAUUUCAAUUCAUUAUUAUUGUAUAAUGAUGAUUUUAAAAAGUAUAUUUGUGAAAGCAUACAUUUUUUUUCAGAUUAUUGACCUUACUGUAUUAGAUGCAAAGAAAGACUUAAUAACAAUUAACAAUUAACUUGAUUAUCUUGACAUUCCAUUUCCUUGAGUGCAUACUGUCUCCUUCAGCUCUUCACUGACCUCUUUUUACACAGCCAUACCUUACACACUUUCCUAGCUGUUUACUUACUAAGAACCUACACUAAAGGUCAACUAGUUUGUCCAUACACAGUCACACACAAUACACUAGUAGUCACUCAAACACACUUACUAUCACACUUACCAUGAAGAAAUAGCUACAUUUUUUGCUUGAUUAUUUAUUUUCAGAAUGUGAAAUAGUGUGAAGUUAUUUGAAAUAGUUUCAAGGAUAUACUGUUAAUUCCAAAUCUUUUUUUUUUUUACACCUUAGAUUUCUGGAAACAGUUGUUGAAUAUUAAGAUUUAUAUUAAUGAUAUUAAUGAAUUUACUGAUCUGUGAUAUUUUGUGUGGUGCUAUAAUAAGUCUUAAUUUAUAUUUGAGUUGUAAGUUUCUGACAAUUCCUUCACAAAAUAAAGAUUAUUAAUUAAAUCCUAGCACAAGCUUCUUCCUGGGUGCCAGGGGGUGGGCAGAGUUUAAACUCUUGGCCAUUGUGACCAGGGUCUGAAGCAAAUACCUCCUUGCAACACAGACAAUUUAUGUAUCAAGAUCAGUGAACAUAUGAUGUCAAGAGGUCCUCCAGGUGACCUAAAUAAGUUCUCCAUGUGACCUUAAUAAGUGUUGUUUUCAUACAAAAUUAUUAAUUUGUUUCUUCUCUCAAGUGCUGAAACAAAAAUCAAUUUUUAAUGCAAUUUAUUGCGGCCGUUCAAGGGACACAUUUCUGUUAAAUUUGAAUUAUUGCUAUAGAUCCAUUUCUAAAAAGAUAAUUAAGUUAAAAAAAAACAAAAUUAUUACCAAUGUUUAAAAAAUAAACAGUAUUAAAUUGAAAUACCUAUUUUCACCUUUAAAGGUGAACUUAAAUGUAUACCCUUUUUGCAGAAGGCGCUGUAACUGUGAUGCAACAUAAUCGGUAAUCGGCUCAAAACAUUUUCCUGCAGAAAAUAUUUCAUUUCGUUAAAUUUGAAUCCUUCUCAAAAGAAUAUGAAAUCAGAUUAAUUUUACCUCAGAAUGAUCAAAAUUCAAGCCAAGGCACUUACCAUUGUACCAAACAGGCCCUGCAAUGUUUUAGUCCUAAAGAAAUAGUCACUAUAGACAUAAGUAUCAUGCAUUUCUCUGAUUAGAAUGAAUCACAUAAAUUGUUUAGCAGACUUUUGGGGAGGAGCUUCCAGUGCAGUAGCUCAGUGCUUGUUACAUGGGUGAAUACUAUGUGGGAGAAUGGUACAGUGCAGGGGAUGCUCCCACAUUACAGAAAACAAAGAAUGGGAAAGUAGAAAAGAAAAAGUGUGGGGUGGGGGGGGGGUACUGGUUAACAAAAUGUAUAAUGCAGUGGCAACAAAUCAACAAGCUUUGCCAUUUGUUUUGUGUUAGUAAAUUAGAAUAAAACUCUUUAAGGUGCGUAAUACUCAGAUACCUUGGUCUCAGUGAUCUAUCUGAAUAUGCAAUUAAAUGUUCAAGGGUAACAAUUAGUUAUGUACAAUUAUAUUUUGAUUGUCAUUACUAAAUAAUCUAAAUGUAUCAAUAAAACUUGUGGAAACAAAAAAGAUAAAUGUCUGUUUAUUA